CCUCACUGUUUACUUCCGGUGUAAAAGUUCAAAUUUGCUCUGUGUUUCUGUGGUUUAUGGGGCAGCGUUUUUUGCUUUUUCAGAAUUUGCCAAAACUGAAUAACCGAGAAAGCUAAGUUGUCAGUGUCAAAUAUGUCAUCUGAUAAAAUAAUCGGACCUGCCUUACCCCCAAUGUUCAUACAGGAGGAGAACGAUAAAGAUUCUGAUAACGAAAAAGGAUUCGUCGCUGGCCCCGCUUUGCCUCCCGGUUAUAAACGGGGAGAGCCGUCGAGCUCCUCGGAUGAGAGUGAAGAGGAGGUGGCGAUCAAAAAAGCAAAAACAAGACACACAACUGCAGACAGAUCUGCAGAAAAGGUAGGGAGUACAGUGGAACAAGAAGAUGAUGAUGAUGGUUUCUUUGGUCCAGCCCUGCCACCAGGAUUUAAGAAACAACAGGGUUCACCAGAAAGGCCACCUGUGCUGGGACCAGCUUUGCCUCCUGGGUUUCGCAGAGCAGCAUACGAAGAUGACGACGAUAAAGACGGUGAAGAUAGAGAGGAUUUCCCAGGGCCUGCCCUUCCUCCAGGCUACCAGGCUGAGUCCUCUAGCAGCGAGGAUGAAGAUGUGAUUGGGCCCAUGCCCUCUAAGGGGCCUGUUCAAGACUCUGUGGCUCUGGACUUUGAGCGUCGAGCGCGAAAGAUGAGAGAGAAGCUGACACAAGACGAAACUCCUGAGGUCCUGACCAGAGAAACAUGGAUGACAGAGCUCCCACCAGAACUGCAACACAUUGGCUUGGGGGCUCGAACUUUCAAGAAGAGGUCAGGUCCAGAGAAUAAGGAUCGCUCCAUUUGGACGGAUACGCCAGCGGACAGGGAGCGCAAGACUAGGGAACGCCUUGAGGGAAAGAAGAAGGGUGAUGUGGGGAAAGAUGAUGUCCCACAACUCUCCCAGAAGGACUUGGAAAUGGCAGAGAAAGUGUCUAAGUAUAAUGACACUAAACGCGCUGAGUCUCUGAUGAGUUUGCACACGAAGAAGAUGAAGGAGAAAGCAAAGGAGAAGGCAGACCAACCAGUGGAGAGGAGACCAUUCGAUCGAGAAGCAGACCUGCAAGUGAAUCGAUUUGAUGAUGCUCAAAAGCAGCGACUGCUGAAGAAAUCUCAGGAAUUGAAUACACGUUUCUCCCACAGCAAAGACCGAAUGUUCCUGUAAUUGUCAUAAUGUAAAAAAGGUGUUUGAAUGUGCAGACUUCAAGUCACAGUCUGGCUGGUGGCAUUUUUGUGGAGGGUUUGUAUAAUAUGAUCAAUGUUUCUAUGGAUGGUCAUGUGUUAAACAAAUGGACAUAAAAUGGAGUUGUAUGCUGGCCCAAGAGGUGACUAAAAUGGACUUAAGACUACAAAUACAUGGCAGACGUGUCUAUGUAUGGGAGCUCAUGUUGCUGACUGGGAGCAAUGCUACAGCAUAUGUUUCAAUCAAAGCAGUAGCCAUUGGAGCUUGUAUUUUUCCAGGAGACACUUUACUAGGGCUGAUGAUAUGAAAGAAAAGAUACAAAUAAAUGAAAUAUUUUUCCAACACUGAUAUACAGUUUACCAGGUUCUCUUUUGAGAAUGUAGAAUGUAAGAAAUUUUGCUGUAAAAUGCGUUGUUAUGCUGUAGCGAUACAGCAGUGUCCAAUAUGCUUUUGCCAGUUUUCUUUAAGUUGAUUAAACAUUGGUUUUUAACCUUC